UUCGAUUUGUGUUGUCGUUCGUUCGAGGGAAAUCGAUCGUGCCCAAAUCUCCCGAAACGAGUUCCGAUAACGGUAGUGGAAACAAUGUGGAGUGCUGUAAUCGCGUGUGGGCUAGGUGCAAUAGUGUUGGUUGCUGUCUGCUUCCGUUGGUCUCGACGGAAAGUGAACGCUGCUAUGGCCAAAAUGAAUGGACCGCCGACGAUGCCUUUGAUCGGGCACUUACAUCUGAUCAGAUUCACUAAUCAAGUGAACAUCUUUAAUUUCAUGAACCAUAUCGGCAGCACCUACCCGUCACCUGUGGGCUUAAGACUGGGGCACAUAAAUGUUGUCGUUGUGCAUCAUCCAGAACAUCUGCAAACGAUCAUGACAUCCCCACACUGCAUAAGUCGCCCUUUUUUUCACGAUUUCUUGCGCGUCAGCCGUGGAUUAUUCUCAUCACCAGCUCAUAUGUGGCGAGGUCAACGGAAGGUAUUGAGUCAUUCCUUUGGACCGGGCAUUCUGAGCAGUUUUGUACCGAUAUUCAAUGAAAAGAGCGCCACUCUAACCAGACUCAUGGGUGUCCAUGUGGGAAAAGGUGAACAUGAUUUUCAUCGGGAAAUGGCCAAGGUUGCUCUAGAUACGAUCUAUUCGACUGCAUUUGGAACCAAUUUUGAUAUGCAAGUAGUACCUGAAGGCGAUAAGUAUCUUGACUAUCAAGAAAUGUUUGCGCACCUGGUAGUAAAACGCAUGUUUUCAACAUGGUGCUACAUCGAAAGAAUGUAUCGAUUUACGAAGGAUUUUAAAAGAGAACAAGAGGCAUUGGCAUAUGCGAAAACCCUAACGGAUCGAGUUCUGAAAGCCAGAAAGGCAGAUGACAUACUGUCCAGGAAAAUUGAAAUUUCUACACCUGCAGAAGAUAUGGAUGGCAGAAAACCGAUGAUGUUUCUCGAUAAGGUUCUUGAACUGGCCAGGGACAAUAAGCUACAGCUAGCCAAAGAUGACAUCGCACAACACAUGAACACAAUCGUAUUCGCUGGAAAUGAUACAACCGCAAAUACAAUGAGUAACGUAUUAUUGAUGCUGGCUAUGCAUCCGGAUGUCCAGGAGCGCGUUUACCAGGAGGUAAUGGAAGCAUGUCCAGGAACAGAUCAGUCUGUGUCCAUGGAAGACAUCACAAAACUGACUUACACGGAGAUGGUGUGCAAGGAAACCAUGAGAUUGUUCCCUGUGGGUCCCAUAAUUGCACGAGUAGCGGAGAAAGAUAUCAAACUGAGCGAUGAACAUGAGAUUCCAGAAGGGUGUAUUCUCAUUUGUGGCAUUUACGUGGCCCAUCGGGAUCCCAAAAUAUGGGGUCCAAAGGCAAGCGAAUUCAACCCGGACCAUUUCUUGCCGGAGAACGUCAGCAAGCUACAUCCUUACGCUUAUCUACCAUUUAGUGGUGGAGUGAGAAAUUGCAUCGCCGUGAAAUACGCGUGGAUUUCAAUGAAAAUUACGAUAGUUCAUAUACUGCGGAAGUACCGUUUGACGACGUCACUCACGAUGGAUAAAAUAACGCUAGGAUUUUUUGGAAGCCUAAAAAUAGCUAACGGUUGCUGCAUUAGUUUAGAGAACAGAUAGCAAUAGAAAAGCGUUCUCGGUGUGACAUCGUAUCGCAUCAUUCUGAAAUUCAACCUUAUAAAAUAAAGAUAUGAGA